ACAGCGGAAGUUGAAGCGGAUGCAGUCGUGGGGCGGAGCAGCAAGACGCAUCUCAUGGCAGCGAGGUGAUUUGACCUCAUACUGCACCGAGCGCAGGUCAAACUCUGCAAUGAACUGCAGAAAUCCUAUCUACACAUACUCAGCUCAGCUCAACACAGCCGCUGGUCUGAUAGAAGUGAAGAGGAAUUGCAGAAACGUCUGUCCUGCAGGAGAUGUUCAAAUAUGAAGAACAUUAAGCAGUCAGAGUAUGCAGUCCUGGCCAGACGAGCAAGCCAGAUCAAGGAAGAACUCAGACAAGGAGCGAGAAAGCCAUACAAUGAGGUGAUAGAUGUCUCCUGGGGCGACCCGCACAGGGCAGGCAUGAAGCCUCUGUCAUUUGUCCGACAGGUUCUUGCAGCAUGUCUUUACCCUCAGCUUGUGAACAGCGACAAACUGCCUGUGGACGUCAGACAGAGGGCUCAGAGGCUGCUUGGGGGAUGUGCUGGAGGCAGUGUAGGUUCUUAUACUGCUACAGCUGGUAUAUCAGAAAUAGUCCAGAGAGUCUCUGAAUUCAUAACGAGACGAGAUGGAGGGGCUCCAUCUUACCCUGAAAACAUAUACAUCAGCCCAGGCUCGCAGUGGUCACUCACGAACAUUUUCAACGUCUUGGUGAACAGCGAGGGUUCAGCCAGAACAGGUGUGCUGACUCCAGUGCCAUGCUACUGCACUACCAUUAUGUCCAUAGUGGGGCUGGGAGCAGUUGUUGUUCCCUACUACCUCAGUGAAGAGCAGGGCUGGGAGCUGCAACUAGAGGAGCUACAUCGAGCGCUGGAAUCUGCAAAGGGAGUCUGUAACCCUGUAGCUCUAUAUGUCAUCAACCCUGGGAAUCCCUCAGGUCAUGUUCAAAGCAGAAAGUCAAUCCAAGAGGUGAUCCGGUUUGUUUCAGAGAAGAAGCUCUUCCUUCUGGCCGAUGAGGUUUAUCAGGACUGUGUUUAUGGGGAAAAGAGUGAGUUUGUCUCUUACAAAAGGGUCCUGUCUGAGAUGGGCCCUCCUCUUUCAGACACAGUGGAGCUGGCAUCCUUCCACUCAGCAUCCAAAGGCUUCAUGGGAGAGUGUGGUCUGCGUGGUGGAUAUGUGGAGCUGGUAAAUCUGGACCCCGCUGUUCUGAAAUACAUCUACAAACUGUUCUCGAAAGACUCCUGUGCGCCUGUGUUGGGUCAGAUUGCCCUGGAUCUGAUGACGAACCCUCCACAACCAGGAGAUCCCUCCUACCCCCUUUAUAAUGUGGAGACACAACACAUCAGGACCACGCUGGUUCAUAAUGUGAAGAGAACCCUUCAGGUUGUCAACAGUCUGCCGGGUUUCUGCUGCCAACCAGUGGAAGGAGGAGCAUUUGCCUUCCCCAGACUGUAUCUUCCACCUAAAGCCAUUCAGAAAGCCAAGGAAGUGGGAAUGCAACCAGAUACGUUCUACUGUAUCAGACUUCUAGAGGAGGCUGGUGUGUUAGUCAGUCCUGGUUCUGAGUACAGACAAAAGGAGGGCACCCACCACAUCAGAUUUUGCAUUAUGACCACUGAGGAAACUAUGGAAGAAAUACUGAGACGCCUGACCUGCUUUCACACACAGUUUAUGAAGGAAUUUUCUUAAAAAAAAAAAAAAAAAAAGGUACAUAUUCUGCAGUUCAAUAAUUCAUUUCAAACAAUAAAAGGAUUUGAUAAUUUUC